AUGUGCGUCAAGGCUUACGACAAAUACACCUGCGGGACACAUUCCUUCUCGAGGUUGAUCCGCUGCGACACCGCCAAGCUUAAGGGUAGAGUACCUGAUGCCGAAAAUGUGUGUGAAACGGUGAGAACAGUUCUUGUGAGCAUCAAGAUCCCGUGUCCCAACCCAACAUGUGCGGCAGCCAUGGUAACCACCUUGAAGUCUGGUGGAAAUGCUCAUACUCUGCGUAGCAGUGGAGGCAUCUGCAGCGGCAGCACAGCGAGUGUGGUGAAGAAUGCUGAUGUAGUAAAGAUGCUUAGAGACGCUUGGGCCCCUGAUGCUGAAUUGGGUGCUUUAUAUCUGGAGGAUGCGGUUUGCAUACUGUCCCAAUGCCACUUGCCACAUGGUGAUGUGCACAUUCAGCCCCGGUACUCCAUACACAAAACUGUAAAAGAACCCAAGAUCCCGGUAUUAUUCCUGCGCUCUGCCAUUCUCGAGGUCGUACUACGUUACAGUGUUGGGGUGAGGCUUGGGAUCGUCGACGUUGAAUCUCAAAAGUUUGGGAUGAGGCUGGAGAUCGUCAACGUUGAAGCUCACACGGUGUUGAUGUGA